AUGGUCGGCGGGUUCACACUCCCGAGCCUGCCGAGCCUGCCCUCGCUUCCGCAGAGCGUCUACGAGCUCCUCGACACAUCACCACCCGUCUUCUAUCCACCUUCACGUCCCAGCUCGCGCGCUUCAGUUGCGGCCCCAGCGUCCUCAUGUCCUUCAUCCCCUUCACCGCGGCGGCGGCGACAACGACCAUUGUCCAUGGGUGAUGCUCGUAUCCUGUUUGCCCAGUCAGGCCCCUUGCCACCAUUCUCCCCAACAGCCCACCCUCACACCGACUCUCCCCUUGAUGCAAGUCGUGAGCACCGGCCCCCUUCCGAGCCCACCUCGCCUCUCCUCGGCCACACCACAUGGGGGGCCGGCCCACUGGCACCACCAGCACGUCCCAGUCGCCCAGACUCGGGCAGUGGCCACCGCCGCAGCCAGAGCGUCGCACCCGUCCUGCCAUCAACUGCACCUCCCUUGCAGCGCUCCCGCACGUUUGGCGAGAGCCGCAACGCCCCGACGUCUGCAUCUUGUGCUUCGUUGCCCACGCUCGACGAGGACGGCGAGCACCGUGACCGUCUGGCCCCACCCGCAUCACUCUUCCCAGGCGCAGAUCGCCGGAGCAGCUGGUUGGAGCCGAGCGUCGUCCAUCGCACGCAGAGCCUGCACGGGGGCGAGCGCCAGCGGCGCCAGUCCAACGCAUCGACCUUGACCACGGCCAGCACCAUUGCUCCACCCACACGCUCACACCGAUCGUCCAUUUCGUUCUCGUCUCGCGCGCGCUCCAGAAACGGGUCCAUCAGCUCCAUCAACGGAAGCAGCGGCGGUUUUACGCUGGAGCGAGCCACCUCUCCCUCCAUGACAGCAAGCACAUCAAUCUCGGAGCUGGCCGUUCUCGCAACGUGGGCUGCCGAGCCGGUCAUCUCACCACCUAGCCGGCUGUCACGGGCAAACUCGACUUCCACUCCUGCCGAGAGCCUGCGCGCACGUCUCCGAACAUUGAGCAAGGCAAGCAUGAGCAAGGCGAGCGCCGCAGCCGUAGCCGCAGCAGCAGCAGAGCCUCCGCGGUCCCUCGGCGCUAGUCUGAGCUCGGCUCAAUCACCGCAGCUCGGCGCCACCACCAAGUCUCCGCCAGCCACACCUCGAUCGACCUGUGGGACGCCCGGCCACGGAACACCGAUGGGUCCGCCCGGACGCCUCGAGACCCCAGGCAGCUCGACGCCCACCACCUCAAGCCACGGUGCUGGCGGCACGGUGCCUCUCUCCCCAACCCCAACGCGCCGCUACCGCCAGUCCCCUCACCUCACACACAAGCAUACGCAUUCGUUCCCGGACGGACUCAUCCUCAUUGCAGAGCCAACGCCUCGAUCAUCGCGCCCCACUACAUCACGACUGCGCCAGCCGCCACAGCUCCACAUGGCCGUCGCGACAGAUGUGCCCGCUGGCGGGCGGUCACGGCCAACCAGCUUCCUCGAGCCACUCUUGUCGCCGGUCCUUGUCUCGAGUCCUGGCAGUCUCAUGAGCGACAAUGGCAGCAGCGACACGGACGCCGGAAGCCCCACAAACAGUGUCGAGUCGCUUGCCCUGGGCCCCCCGUUUGCCCUCCAAGAGCGCCAGCAGAACGUUCUCGACUUGCCAGUGCCUCCCGAACGCCCGGCACGCCACCCUGACCGCCGACCGACAGUCCUCCCACCGGCGAUGACUGCUGCUGUUCACCAUCGCCCGCCGCUGCCUGAGCGCAAGCCCUCAAAUGACAUGUACACGUACAACACCUACAGCACCACCACCAUCCGUUCGCGGCGCGGAAGCAGCAUCUCCAUCCGCGAGAGGCGCGACAGCAUGAACGCAAGCUCGACCAACACCCUCCACGCAAAGAUGUUUCCUCCGCACCACUACCACCCCACACACGGAACCCGGGUCCCCAUCGCCGUGUUGGACACCGAGGAGCGCUUCCUUGAUUUUGACGAUAUCUAA